AUGCUUUCCGCCGCUAUCACGGUCCUUAAACGCACCCGUGUAGAACAUUGCGUGAGGUUCAUCCACUCUUCUACUUUGGUCGAAAUGCCGAUUAAGGUGGGCGACUCUCUUCCUGCAGUGGAAGUCCAUGAGGGUGAGCCAGGAAAGAAGGUGGAUAUGAACACACUCUUUAAGGGGAAGAAAGGCAUCCUCUUUGCAGUCCCGGGAGCUUUCACCCCUGGUUGCUCCAAGACUCACCUCCCAGGUUUUGUGCAGCAGUCAGCGGAAAUGAAGAGUAAAGGCAUACAGGAGGUGGCCUGUGUGUCCGUGAAUGAUGCUUUUGUCAUGGCUGCCUGGGGAAAAGAGCAUGGAGCAGAUGGCAAGAUUCGAAUGCUUGCUGAUCCUACUGGAGAAUUUACAAAGGCUGUGGACUUGCUCCUUGAAAGUGAUCAGAUCGUGCAGGUACUUGGAAACAAGCGAUCAAAGAGGUAUGCCAUGCUGGUGGAGGAUGGAGUCGUAAAGAAGAUUAAUGUGGAGCCUGAUGGCACAGGGCUGACUUGCAGCCUGGCACCCAGUUUUAUGUCUGAACUCUAA